GUACUGGUGUUAAUUGUGAACGGUUUUGUUAACUCGGUUCCAGUUCCGGAUACGAAAGGGACCCAUUUCUUAUUUUCAACGCCCUUCUGUUCAGCUGAUUUUCCUGCCAAAAUGCACGUGAUUCCACAAUCAACGGAAGCAGUAAAUGUUACCCUUGAAAUGUUUGAUGCGCAGGCGCAGCCGACAUUAUCUUCUUACCAGAUCAAAGCAAAAGACAGUUUGCAUUUGGAACUCAACUGUACACAGUUCGUUUGGAAGUUGCCCACUACAGCGGGUUUUCAGUUGCAAACAACUUCCGAAGUAUCUGUGUACAUCGAUAACAGAGAAGACAGUUACAUGCUAAUUCCAACAGAUGCUUUUGGCUACAAUUACAUAGUUUCCUCUAUAGCAACAAUCAUGUUACCGGAUUCGAUCAUUGUGAUACAUGGAAAUAAUUCGCAUGUGGAAUUAACCUUGCCAGCGGAUAUCCAAUCUCGUGUUACAAUUAACGGGAAACAAUACGAGGGCGGCUCAAUGAUUAGUAUUUCCUUACCGGCUAAUGGAGUGGUCGGAAUUAAAUGUUUUUGCGAUCUCACCGGUGCUAUUGUAAAUUCUGCUCUUCCAAUUAGUGUACUUGUUGGUAGCAUGGGAAAUAGUUCUACUGACGCCGUAUUAGCGCAACUUCCGGCAAAAAACACGUGGGGAAGAAAAUUCAUUUUCACUCAUUCAUCAUGGUUUGCUCAAAAUGUUACUUUGAAAAUUACUGGAGAACAGCUCAAUACAGCAUUAACUAUAACGACAAAAGAUACGACAGAACAGAAAACAUUCCAACUCGUGCCAGUUUUAUCUAUGCAACUCGCCUUAAGUGACUUCCUUGCAGUACAAGCAAACACUUCCGUUUCAUGCGUUAUUCUGUAUGAAAUUAUCGAUGAAAAUAAUUCUCGCCAUAUGGCACUGUCAUUUUUAACCCCUGUUGAAUUGUAUCAUAUCAGUUCUUCAUUUACAUUUAAUACUUUUGAUUCAUUUUCAUCCAGUCUUGUGUUAACAUCGAGCAGUUUUCAGUAUAUAUCAUUUAAUACAACAUCAAGUUAUCCAUUUGACAGAGCAAUGACAUUCUGGUGGAAUUAUUUCAUUUGCAACGAUAUUUUACUUUCCAGACCACAAGUCAUAGAAACAAAUGCAAAUAAUGUAGUGCCUUUUUAUGGAACUAUUUUACGUAGAGACAAUAACUCCGCGUAUGAAUAUUCUCUUGGCAUGCGUAUUUCAAGUCUCUACAACGCAUGCGUUCAGACGCAACGCCCGAAUGGCGGAAACGGAGAUGGUAUAGACAAUGACUGUGAUAAUAAAAUUGACGAAGAAAAACUUAAUAAAGUGGAUGAUGAUAAGGAUGGUUUGGUGGACGAAGAUGUCGCUUACGCAGGAAAAAUCCAACAUCAUUCAAGUCAAACGGCGUGGGAGUAUCAUUUGACGCAUAAAGAAAAGGGCGAAAAGUUUUCAUCGUCUGUGCUCAGUAUAGUAAUACCGUUAUCAGUGGCAUUGGCGUCAGUUUUGUUAUUUAUUGGAGGGAUGCUGCUAGCCGAGAAAAUACGGAGAUCUGGAGUAUCAACAAGGGUAACACCUAUCUACCUGCAACAACAACAACAAGAACCAAUCCUACAGAGAUACUGAAAUGCAUCAAGAAUAGUACCAGAAUACAUCAACAAUUAUAUAUUUUCAGAAAAGAACCACCAACAUUUAAUACUACUAACUCAGAUGUACAUUAGAAAUACUACAUUUAGGAUAAAGAACAACCAGCUUCCGGUUUGGUGCAUUGUAUCACGUGAUCUUGUACAUUACCAUCUUGGCCUUUCUGUUAACGUGGCUAUUUCAAAUUUUGUUCUGGAACGAUCAAGAGUUAAAACGAGUAAAUCUAUCCGUAGCGCAUGUAGAUAUGGAACUUCAUUAAUCUUUAUCUGGGAUUAUAAGACUGAAGUUCAAAGACUUUAUGGAGCAAGGUAAAUGAGAUUAUGUAAAAAUCAAUUUUUCAUUCAAAUAUUUUCAUCACGGGACAGACAUAAUCUAAAGAAAUAAAAAACAGAAUGAACAGUUCGUAAAUUGAGCCGUGCCAUGAGAAAACCAACAUAGUGGGUGUGCGACCAGCAUGGAUCCAGACCAGCCUGCGCAUCCGCGCAGUCUGGUCAGGCUCCAUGCUGUUC